GGCUCAGUCUCGGAGCAGCCAUUGAAGGGGAAGGAACUGCGGGCUCGUGUGUGUGCGUGCGUGUGUGUCCGUGUGUGCGUGUGCGCGCGCGAGUGUGUGGACGGGAGGUGGGGGCCGCCGAGUUGGAGUCUCAACUCCUUGGACUCCAUUGCUGCCCGCCCUCCUUUCCCACACCUAGCGGGUGGUGGUGGGCGUCUAUCGCGCGUCCCUUUUCAUUCAUUUCCAGGUAUUUGGGCGCCGCGGGGUGGGGGGCAGCGGGCAGGCCGGCAGGGUCGGGGAGGAGCGCGCGCAGAGCAGGAGGACAUGGAGAUGAAGAAGAGGAUCAACCUGGAGUUGAGGAACCGAGCCCCGGAGGAGGUGACAGAAUUAGUCCUCGAUAACUGCCUGUGUGUCAACGGGGAAAUUGAGGGCCUGAAUGACACUUUUAAAAAACUCGAGUUUCUGAGCAUGGCUAACGUGGAACUGAGCUCACUGGCUCGGCUGCCCAGCUUAAAUAAACUUCGAAAGUUGGAACUUAGUGACAAUAUAAUUUCUGGAGGCUUGGAAGUCCUGGCAGAAAAAUGUCCAAAUCUCACCUACCUCAAUCUGAGUGGAAACAAAAUCAAGGAUCUCAGCACAGUAGAGGCGCUGCAAAAUCUGAAAAAUUUGAAAAGUCUCGACUUGUUUAACUGUGAGAUCACAAACCUGGAAGAUUACAGAGAAAGUAUUUUUGAGCUGCUGCAGCAAAUCACGUACCUAGAUGGGUUUGAUCAGGAGGACAACGAAGCACCAGACUCGGAAGAGGAGGACGAGGAAGAUGGAGAUGAAGAUGAAGAGGAUGAGGAGGACGACGAGGCGGGUCCACCCGAAGGCUACGAGGAGGAUGACGACGAGGAGGACGACGACGAUGAGGAGGAUGAAGCAGGGUCGGAGCUGGGCGAGGGGGAAGAGGAGGUGGGCCUCUCGUACUUGAUGAAGGACGAAAUCCAGGAUGAAGAAGACGAUGAUGACUAUGUUGAAGAAGGGGAAGAAGAGGAAGAUGAAGAAGAAGAAGGUCGUCGAGGGGAGAAGAGGAAACGAGAAGCUGAGGAUGAUGGUGAGGAAGAUGACGACUAGGUUGUCCAAGGACCUGACUCCCUCACGCUCCAGGGCGUGGCUGACCCAUCUUCUCUGUCUCUCCAUGCAAGGCGGCUGUCCCUGCAGAAGAUACAUGCAACUUUUUAUAGGAAAAGUGUGGUUUUACUAUUUUUGCCUUAUCAUUCCAAAUAAGAUUUACUAGUCUGUUACUGAUCAUAUUGUAUGUAGAGAAAAUUUUUCAUUGACUCCAUUGUGAAAUUCCCUAGCAACUUAUUUAGAAUCUUAAUUUUUCUAAUUCAAGCUAACUGUUAGUCAUUUUUAGCCCAAAAUUAAAAAAAAAUCACUUUUUACACAGGUGUAGUAUGGUGCAUUUCAUUCAUAAGGUUUAAAGUUAUUUAUACAUGAACUGAGAUCCCAGUGGGCUGGAAUUUAAAUUGAACAGUCUCUUGAGUGGUAAAUCGACGACUAUUUUGUUCUAGAGGUGACCCAGAGAGCUUUAGUGUGAAGCAGUGACUUUGUGUGUGUGUGUGACUAAGGGUAUUUGGGUGCUUUCUGUCAUGAUUUGUAGAAAGCAGGGGCGGGAUAGAGAGUAGAGGUUCUGGUCACAAUGUAGUUCAUGGCUUUUGUUAAGACACCCAAAGCCUUUCAGCCAGGUGACUGAUAAGAUUCUAUUUUUGAAGGAAAAAUUGCUUCUGCUAAGUGCAGGGGAACCCUUUGUGCAAGCUGAGCCCAGGGCAUGCCGCGGACCAGCUUUCACUGGUGGGAAGUGUGUGCUCUUCCUGCCCCUCCGGUUCCUUUAGCAUCAUCACUUUCCUCUUUAGCCCCUCCCUCCAUCUCAGAGAAGCUGGAAAGCUUGGAUACCCAGGAAAGCCUUUCUGUCUUAUACCUCAGCCACCUUUUCAGACCCGUUUCAGUUUUAAGCACGCUAGGUGCGUGAAAUGGAAUAUUUUCUGAAAGACAUAUAUUGUUACCAGCAGUUUUAUGCAACAGACUCUGCUUACUGGAAAUCUUUUCUCGGCUAAUGACAUGUACAGACCGCGUGAGGAUAAAGAGUUUAAAGAAGUAGAGGAGGCUUCUGGGAGCAGCAUUAGUAUUCCUCAAAGUCAGAGCAGUUCAUUGCCUGUUGGUAAUGAGUUGCUCCAGUGAGAUUUUUAAGUUGGCUUCCCAAUAAUUUAGGUAUCAGCCUGCAAACUACUUGUAAUUUUUCUGAGUAGAACCUUUAAUUCUUGUAGUUUUAGAGCAUUACCAGAUACUGCACAGUUGGAAAAAUAUUGGAAACUAACUCAAUAUUCAAUUAAGAUUUGUUUUCAAGCCCAGCCAUUGAAAAUAGCAAGGUAUUGGGAAUAAGUGUGAGUGCGUUUCCUUAUAUGGCUACUAAACACACCGUGAGUAGAUGAGAGCAUCUUCCCUGCUGUGGAGGCUCCGUGUUCAAGGCAGCUGCUUCUUCUAAUUUUGGUUAUCUAAUUCUACCCCCUCCCUUAAGAGUAUAAGCUUCUUCAAAGUAAUGCUGGCAAAUUAAUUAAAAUUAUACUUCCAUACUGGGACCGUUUAAAUUACUGAAUACAGGAAUGCUUCUCUCGUAGUUUACAAUUUAUGACUUGGGUUUCAAAGUAAAAAUUAGGCAGUUAGUUGUGUGGAUAAACUUAAAAACAACUGACAAAACUCUUGGGAUCAAUUUUGUGGGAGAAUGGAAUCUCCAAAAGGCUAACAUUGUACUCCUUUUUAAUAACUGAAAUACUGUUUUUGUCCUAAGAAUUCUCAUUUUGCUCUGCCAGAUUACGGAAGUUAUUUUUAAAAUAAAUCAGUAUAUUGGCUUUCUUAUCAAUCAUCUUGUUGUGCAAUCACAAUUAGGGUUUUUUGCUUUGAAAACAACACUUAGAGCCUCCUGGUAACUUUUUAAGACUUAUUUAGCUUUGUGGGUGGUAUUUUCAUGCAAAUAAGUAAGGGUGGGUUUUAUAUUUUGUAGAAGUUUUUGGUCCUAUUUUAAUGCUCUUUGUAUGGCAGUAUGUAUAUAGUGUGUUAAAUUCUUCAAAACUCCUUUUAAAAUCUUUGAAGUUAAUACUUUUGUGCAACUGUGUUUUGAAUAAAGCCAUGACAGUGUUAAGAAACAAAGAAACACAGUACUCCCGAUUAUUCUUUUGUUUGACUGUUCCUGUUUUUUUUUCUGUGACUGCUGUAACUUAACAUUUUUGAAACCAAAUUGCUUCAAAUAAAUUGAAGAUUUGUUGUUAA